CACUACGGAUCCGUUGAGAAGUAUCUUCUGCUGUAUUGUCCGAAACCGACGGAUUGGCUCCGAUAUCCCGAAGAAACGGCUCAAUCGGUCUACAAAAGCGAACGAAUGGAUACACCAAUCGAUGCCGCCGUUUGGUUACAACACUUCCGGACACAUAAUAACCAAUUGUUGGAUGAGUUAGACUUGAGAGCAUCCAAACAAUACGUAUGGAGUCAGAGGGAGAUCACCGAAGCGGGCGAUCCUCUCAAGAAUAUUCUGGAGCACGGAAUCAGUCGAAUAAAACACGCGUCCGAUUGUAUGGCAGUUGUGCUCAAAGAGAUCAAAGCGCAGAGUAGUAGCGGGAGGUAUAGGGUUCUGGUGGUCGUCGACAAAGUGAACGCUUUCUACGAAAUGAGUCAAAUUAAAUACCCGGACAGGAGUUACGUGGAUGCGGACAACAUUACCAUUGCCCGCGCCUUCAAGAAGCUGUUCACCAAUGACUGGACGAACGGCGCUGUCGUGGCCUCGGUUUGUAAGAAACUAAUGGUUCACUAUAGGAUCUUGAAAGUAGCCGGUAUACCCAAAUAUAAACCCAGAUCCAGACCAUGGGAUACUUGGGGUCCUUUCAGUGUUUCCCAUUUGAGUGAUUUGCCCCUUGAUUUGCUAACAGAUGCG